AUGAAUACAGUCAAGCAGUACUGCGACUCUAUAUACCCUCGUGUUAUCCAUUCCCCCCGUUCUUCUUCGCUAACAGGAUUGUACGAGUGUUUGGUCGGCCGACAGGGAGCAAUAAUCACACUAAAAUGGCAGUGUGAAGGCGCGCGGCAGCGAUCCUUGCAGCGGCAAAAACCCGGCAGUGCAACGGCUUAUUGCACUGGCUAUUUCUGGCAAAAUGGCGUCUCUCUCGGCAACCACCCUCAGCAUUGCUGCCGUCGACAGCAGGACCGAACCUCUCGACUUGUCGACCCUGUCAGAUUUCCAUUCGUAUUUGCUUUCACCUAUAUCACUGACCACCAAUGGCCAUGAUGCUCUCCCAGCUGGCUUUGGAGGACGUGGAGGCCCUGUGCUUAGGGUCCUCGUUUCUGAUGGCUGACCCCAUUGGGCCCCUUCUGGACCAAGAUGAAGAAGAAGCUCUUUCUCCCUCCUCUUCCUUAGAGGUGAAGGUGCCUAUGUCGCCUUCCCUCUCUUUCUCCUCAUGUGCAUCUGACCAUUCUCCGUAUCAGACCAUGGCAUUUUCUCCCUUCUCCCCUGCCUCUCCUCCUCCUUCUCCUCCAAUUCACUCCUCAUUCCUGGAGACAAAGGCGGAAGUGGACCUGCUUCCUUUCUCCCUGCUGGAAGCCAACGACCUGCUGAACUCCCAUGCUGUAGCAGGAGGUGGCAAAGCAGAUGAUGCUUUCGAGGACAUGGACUGGAUGUCAGAAAAAGUUGACUUGAGUGAAUUUGACCUGGAUUCUCUAAUUGACUCCUGUUCAUCUGCAUCUUCUCCUGAGGACCUCUUGGCCUCGCUUGAGUCCCACGUUGACCUAAAUCUGGACUCCUUUGAAGAAACCGUUGGUGUCCAGUCCAAUGCCUCCGACUUGGUUAUAAUGUCUCAAUCCCUCCCCAUGCAAACCUCUGAGGCUGAAAAGGAAGAUGUGUCUUUUGUUCAGGAGGAUGCUGAGAAGUCUAACAGGUCUCCUUCCUCAACACCCUCAUCUCCUUCUCCCUCCUUCACGCUCGAGCUGGGAAGUGAGGUGGAUGUUGUAGAUGCUGGAAAAACUGCCACAUCCCUCGCUGCAACCAUCCUCUCAGAUCCGAGUGGUGUCAUUCAGACCAGCAGCCCUAUUGUGCUUUCCAUUCCUUCAUCCGGCCACUUGGUGGUGGUUGUUACCAACAAGGAGCCCCCAUCAAUCUCUAUACCCAGCCAGCCAAUUGAAACGUCCUCAUCAAGUGAUUGUGACAGCGACUCUGGUAUCGAUUCAGUUGCCGGCUCGCCUCCUUCUCCUCCUACUUCCCCCACACCCGGUUCCUCCAGAACCAAACCCUACAGCAAACCUAAGUCUGCCUCCUCAUCCUCCCCUAAAGCCCCCAAGGUGAAGUCGGUGUCAGGCGCUCCCAAGGUGGUUGAGAAGAAACUGAAGAAGAUGGAGCAGAACAAGACGGCAGCCACGCGCUAUCGUCAGAAGAAGAGGGUUGAGCACGAGCUGCUGACUGAAGAGCUUGAAGAAUUAGAAAAGAAGAACCACGAGCUAAAAGAAAAAGCAGAGUCCAUCUCUCGGGAGAUCCAAUACCUGAAGGAUUUGAUGGAGGAAGUCCGCAAGCACCGGCGUGGAAAGACCAGCUCAAUGGCGUAGACGACAGAAGGCUAAUGUAGUGCGGUUUUAUUUCUUCAUUUGCAUAUGAGCUGUUGGUGGAGACUGAAAGUGCAGUAUAAGGUUGAGUGUGUAGAACCAGGUUGUAGAAAUUGAGAUUAGUUUAGAUGAGGGGGGCUGGGAGGUGGUAAGGUGAAGCAUCUGUACAUGCUUGUCUCUCAGCCCCCUGUAUGACCUUGUUUGGAAAUCCCCUAAUUAACAGACUCUCUGUGCAGACAGGUAGUGUUUAACAUUGUAGACAAGGCAUGCAAAGCAGGAGUCAUUAUUAGUUCAUGGUAGAUGUUGAUAGUCAACAACAGCGGUCACAAUCCUAAUGGGUAAAUUUACCUUUAAAUUUGGAGAUUCUCCUCCCUGCCACACUUUUGUCCACAGCUUUUUUAAUCCUCUCACCUCCAUUGGACCUUCCUCUAAAUCUGAGUCCAGAAAGGGGCCUCAGCCUAUUGAAAGAUUCUUGAUUAUUCCACUCCUGUCAAGAGUUUUGUCUGUAAAUAAUUUUCUCUAUUGCUAAUGCGGUUUCUGUUAUUUAAUGCAAAGUAACUUUAAAUCAUGCUCGGUAACUCUUUGAAAUGGUGUUUGGCUUGUAAAAUGCUUUGCUCUUUUUUUUCCUAAUAAAUAUUAUUUCCUUUAUUA